AUGAUCUCAUACACAAGUAAAAAUACGGAAGUGAGGGGGGAGCCCGAGGCAACUUUGAGAACAAAUGAAAGUUCUGGGAUUACAUGGACUCCAGAUGACAGGAGUGAUUACAUUAUACCGCCAUUUGUGUUGUUUGAAAGGAGAUAUCGAGUAAGUUUAAGGAGUGUAAAAUUCAUUAACCUUUUAUUAGUUUUCCUAUAGGCACAAAAUAAAUGUGUGUGUUAUUGAAAAGAACAUGUCUACUGUUCUAACGGCCAUUAUCUGCUACUUAUAUGAUUCAAAAAAGUUUGUUGAAAAGAAGAGGAGUAUCAACAAGGAGGACUUCAACAUCCGGUAAGCGAACUCCAGCAUUGAUAGCGUUCUUUAUUCCUUGAAAACCUCCUUUUCAGCCUUUGUAAAUACAAAAACGAAGCCAAUAAUAUUUAUGCCAUCCAGGGUUACAAAAAGUAUAAAAGGGAAUACCUGAACUUGGCGGUCAGUCGAGAUCCCAUCGAACGGUUUAUCUCCGGAUUUACAGACAAAUGUCUGAUCGAAAAGAUUUACAAAAAACGACGUGGAACUUGUAACAACUGCGAAGGGAAUGUUACUUGCUUUAUUGAGAAGGAAUACGAGAGGAUGACGAGGUUUGCGGUGGGUGAAGGGGUGGCCUCUUUUGACGAUCAACACUUCUUCCCGCAGAAUUGGUAGGUCAAUUUAAAAUUUUUGUUAGGAACCAGUAAUGAUUUAUAUUUUAUAUAUUUCUCCAGGCGUUGCCAAUUCGCGACCCAUUUCUCCAAGUAUAAUAUAUUGAAGUACUCAAAAGCAAAAGAUGGAACUCAACAAUUCUUCAACGAACUCUUCGAUUACUUUAGAGGUCAUAAUGUGACGGACCAGCAAAUCCGAUUCAUCCAACGACAAGUGAAUUCAGGACGAACGAGGCAUUCCACAGCGGAUAAAAUUAUUUCGAUGAAGUUGGAACAAGAGGUCAGAUCAAGUCCAUAUUUAAUGCAGAUGCUGGUCAAGAUGUAUUAUUAUGACUUUCUGAUAUUUGGCUAUCCAUUGCCAAAAAUUGUGAUAUGCCAAGAAAACACACGGAAAAUGUGCUGA